UAGGGUUUAAUCAAAACAAAGCAAAGAGGGAGACAGUGUGAGAAGAUGUGUGGAAUAGCUCUGAUUGUAUCUGGGAUUCGAAUAGAUUUAUCAAAUUUAAUUCCUGAAUAUGUCUCUCCACAUUCUCAACCUCCAGAACAGAUGUUGUUUCAUAUAGAUGAUAUAAAAGUAGCCCUGCAUAGAAGAGGUCCUGACAACAUAGGGAGCAAGAAUGUUUUCAUUAGUUUCAAACAAUCUUUUGCUGUUGGAGUGGAGCAGGAUAUGUUGUUGGUUGAGUUGGGUGAGGGUGAAGCUUCACAUCAUUUUAGAACAUCUUCUGGUUACCUCCUUUUGGAAAGUGAAGCAUCUAGUCGGAGAGCAAAUGGUUUUAACCACGAAUCUUUUGGACAACUACACUUUGUUGGUGCUACGUUACAAUUAAGAGGAACAAAGCCAGUUGUUCAGCCAUUGGUGGAUUUGUCUGGGAAUAUUCUUGUCUAUAAUGGAGAAAUAUUUGGAGGGAUCUAUAUUAGCCGUGAGAGCAAUGAUUCAGAGCUUCUGAUGCAAUAUCUAGGUCAGUGCUGCUCUUGUAUCUCCCAUGACCAAAAUUCAAAACAUCAUUCUUGUAAAGAAGGGGAAACUUCUGUUCCUCAAGUUCUCUCCAGAAUCAAGGGGCCAUGGGCUUUGAUUUAUUGGCAGAAUAGUUCCAAAACCUUGUGGUUUGGGCGAGAUGCAUUUGGAAGACGAAGCCUCCUUGUCCACUGGCCAACACCACAGGACUCACGUCUUCUAUUAGCUUCUGUCUCACCUCUUUCUUCUGAAUUUGAAAGUUCUGAUUUUGAAGAGUCAAAAGCAAUGGGCCAACUGAACUUCUGGGAAGAACUUCCAUGUGGCAUUUAUAGUAUAUCCAUCAGCUGUUCAAGAAUAGAUGGAUGUCUUGUUGGUGAAUUGAAAAAGCACAAUUGGACUGACUCCAGUGUUGAAGAACUUAUUCACUGGGAAAGAGCUUCUGUCCAACCAGAGGCAGGAGAAUUAUCUAUGUUGCGUGAAAAAGCACCUUUAGAGCCAUCGCAUAAGGUCCUGACUGCUUUGAGGGAGGCUGUGAUGCGGCGAACUGUGUUAAGCAGAAUUUACGAGACAGUUUCCCUUGUUCAUGGACACAAAGGAUAUGCUCCAGUUGCAGUGCUUUUUUCUGGUGGACUAGAUAGUAUGAUUCUUUCAGCACUACUUCAUCAAUGCCUUGAUCCCGAAUAUGAAAUUGAUUUGCUUAAUGUGAGCUUUGAUGGUCUGUCUGCUCCUGAUAGAAUCUCUGCACGGGCAGGUCUGAAGGAACUUCAAAAAAUUGCGCCCUCAAGAAGAUGGAAACUUGUAGAGAUUGAUGCUGAUUUAAUGAAGUUGACUUCUGAGAUGAAGCAUGUCUUGUCACUAAUAUCUCCUUCAAAGACUUAUAUGGACCUCAAUAUUGGUUUAGCGUUGUGGUUGGCAGCUGGUGGUGAAGGAUGGAUUUAUGAGUGGAGCCUUUCUGGCCAACAGAUCAAGUAUAAGUCUGAGGCCAGGAUACUACUGGUUGGUUCUGGUGCAGAUGAACAGUGUGCUGGAUAUGGUCGGUACAAAACAAAAUUUAGAAAUGGAAGUUGGCUUGCCCUGCAUGAAGAAAUGAAGUUAGAUAUGCAGAGAAUUUGGAAGAGAAACCUCGGGAGAGAUGACAGGUGCAUUGCUGAUAAUGGCAAAGAGGCUAGAUUUCCUUUCUUGGAUGAGGAUGUCAUACGAACUCUUCUUGAUAUUCCUCUCUGGGAGAUUGCAGACCUCGACCAACCUAAUGGUAUAGGUGAUAAGAAGAUAUUGAGAGAGGUUGCACAAUUGCUUGGCUUAUCUGGAGCAGCUGUUCUGCCCAAAAGAGCAAUUCAGUUUGGUACUCGAAUUGCGAGAGAAUCAAAUCGGAAAAACUUUGGAAGUAAUCGUGCUGCCAAUCAAGCAUCUGCUGGCAGUGUGGACAUAUAUGGCUCUUCAAAUUUCUUACCUAAAUUACAUGAAAGCUGACCAAUGGAAAAGCUUUGUCCCGGGGGCUUUACUGAUACUGACGAAAAUAAUUUGAUCAGCUGCGAUGUCACAAAAUCCAGCCAAUGUAAUACUACUACUAGAUUUUUGUACUAGUAGUGUAGUAUAUGUUAUUGAUACUUCCAGCUGAUUUAUUUGAUGCUAUAAUUGUUUACACUUUCACUUGUAGGUAGCAAUUGCUGUUCAUUGUGUCAAAAGGUAAUUUGCCCCAAAACAGUGUGCUACGUUGAA